GGGACAGCAGCAGCCGUGUGAUCCGCUCCAGCUCUGCAGCAGCCACCAGGACUCAGGGAUGAUCCUGCAACAGAUGGCAGAAGAGUGAGACAACAACGAAUGGCUUCCCCAGGAAGUGGCCUCCGCAUCCAGGGGGACGACAACCUCCAGUCCAUGCUGGUGGGGACGGUAAUGAGGAAAAUCAAGUCUCGUACCUGGAAGAAGCAACGCUACUUCAAACUGCAGGAUGACUGCAUGACCAUCUGGUACAAAUCCAAGAAGGCUGGCAACACCCACUCCACAAUUUCAGUGAGUGACGUGGAGGCAAUACGAGAAGGCCACCAGUCCGAGGUACUGCUGAGCAUCGCUGAUGAGUUCCCCGCAGACCGAUGCUUCACGCUGGUGUUCCGCGGUCGCAGGAGCAACUUGGACCUGGUGGCUGAGUCAGCCGAGGAAGCGCAGUCCUGGAUCAGAGGCAUGAAGAAGCUGAUGGAGAACCUGGAGAACAUGGGGGAGCGAGAGAGACUUGACCAAUGGAUUGGUGACUGGUUCAGAAAGGCAGACAAGAACAACGAUGGCAGGAUGAACUUCAAGGAAGUGCGAGAUUUACUGAAGAUGAUGAACGUGGACAUGAACGAGCACCAUGCUCAUCGUCUGUUCACGAUGGCUGAUAAGUCCCAGUCGGGUACGCUGGAGGACGAUGAGUUUGUGCUCUUCUACAAGAUGUUGACCCAACGGGAGGAUGUACUAAGAGUUUUCCAGGAGUACUCGGUUGAUGGCCAGAAGUUAUCCCAGAGUGACUUGGAGGACUUCCUCAGAGAGGAGCAGCUGGAGGGGGGCGACAUCCAGCAGCAUGCCAAGCAGCUCAUUGAGCACUAUGAGCCCUCAGACACGGCCAAGCUGCUGAAUGCCAUGACAUUUGACGGCUUCUUGAUGUACCUCGGCUCAGCUGAGGGCUCCAUCUUUAACCCACGGUGGCGGGGCGUCUUCCAAGACAUGACCCAGCCACUGUGCCAUUACUUCAUCUCCUCCUCCCACAACACCUACCUUAUGGAGGACCAGCUCCGAGGACAGAGCAGUGUCGAGGGGUACAUCAGGGCUCUGAGUCGUGGCUGUCGGUGUGUGGAAGUGGACUGCUGGGAUGGUGCCAACGGAGAACCCAUCGUCUAUCACGGACACACUUUCACCUCUAAGAUACUCUUCAAAGACGUGGUCAAUGCAGUGGGCAACUAUGCCUUCAAGGUAUCAGAAUAUCCAGUCAUCCUGUCCAUCGAGAACCACUGCAGUGUUGAGCAACAGAGAGUCAUGGCCCAACACCUGAACCACAUCCUGGGUGACAAGCUGCUGAAAAGCACUUUAGACGGCAAGGCCCCCAUCGGGCUGCCGUCUCCUGAGGAUCUUAAGGGGAAGAUUCUGCUGAAGGCAAAGAAGAUCGGUGGCCUAGAAGAGAGUUUAAAUGGGAUAGUGGAGGACUCUCAGAGUGGAGAGGUUAGUGAUGAAGAAGAGGUGGCUGAAAUCGACGAAGAUAACCUCCACCGCGAGAGUCUCCGGCGCAGGGUAAAGAAGUCAAAGCAGCUGUCCAAGGAGCUGUCAGACUGUGUGGUUUACUGCAAAAGCGUCCACUUCAGUAACUUCAAACACUCCCGCAUCCACUCCAAGUUCUAUGAGGUGGCCUCUUUCACAGAGUCAAAGGCCCGCAAACACCUGAGAGAGGCUGGGGCCGAGUUUGUGCACCAUAACUCGCGGCAGCUGACCAGGGUUUAUCCCACUGGCUUCCGAACUGACUCCUCCAAUUUCAAUCCUCAGGAAAUGUGGAAUGCUGGGUGCCAAAUUGUUGCGUUAAAUUUCCAGACUGCCGGGGAGGGGAUGGAUCUAAACGAUGGAUUGUUUAGCCAGAACGGCAGAUGUGGCUAUGUCCUAAAGCCCGGUUUCAUGAGAGAGGCCGAGAAAAGAUUCGACCCCGAGACACCCCAGAAAUGGGAUGGCUACCAACCGGUUGUCCUCACCAUACUGGUGAUCAGUGGUCAGCAGCUUCCCAAAGUCAACAUCAAGGAGGAUUCGAUAGUGGACCCUUUGGUCAGAGUGGAGAUCCAUGGUGUUCCCAGGGACCAGGCCAAGCAGGAGACCAGAUACAUCGAGAACAAUGGUUUCAACCCUGUGUGGUACGAUACUCUGCGCUUCACCAUCCACACUCCUGAGCUGGCUAUGGUGCGCUUCGUAGUGGAAGACUAUGACAAAACCUCUAAAAAUGACUUUGUGGGCCAGUAUACCCUUCCUCUCAGCUGUAUGCAGCAAGGUUAUCGUCACAUUCACCUUCUAUCCAGAGAUGGAACCAACAUUCCUCCCUCCUCCUUAUUCGUACACAUCCGGAUCACGAAACUGGAAUGAAUCUUUUCUAAAACACCAAAGGUAUCGGAAAGAACUCGCUCGGCACUUCUCAUUCAGUAAAAAGCAGAAAUACCUCUCCUAAAAUAGUAUUGAAUAUGACUCGUAUUCGCUGUAAAUAAAUACUACGCCAAAUCUUUAGUGGUUCUUAGGGCAGCAGAUGUAUAUGAGAUAUGCAUGUUUUUAGUUUUCCGCAUACUAGUGUGUGUGACCUGCUCCUGUGAUUGACUUGAACUUUGCUGCUCAUGUUUUCGGUGUACUUCAGCGUCUUCAGCACACAUCUGAGUUUCCUGCUGAAAUAUUGCGUUGUAAAGAGGAAUGUGCCAGCAACAUGUUUAGAUCAGGAUGAAUAUUUUCUGUCAGUAUUUUCCUUAAAA